CCUAAUAUUAUUUUAUUUUUAUUUUUUUCCUAGCAUGUUAUCAUCAUUUGGUUAACUUUUUUCUUACAUAAUUAUAAACUUAAAAAAUAUUGACAAAAAGACUCGUAUUUCCCUUCCCCUUCAUAAGUAUAGAGUUGCGCAAUCUUGUAGAUAGAGCACAGAACAAGCUUAGUAAGAGUAGAGUAGUAUAUCACCCAUUCAACGCCCAAUCCUCGACGAUGCAGGCUGUAGGAAAGCUUCCGCCGCCGUCAGCGCCACCGCUUCUUCUGAAGAAACCCACCAGCUUCUUCUCUCUCAUCUUCCAACAUCAAACUGCUAAUCUUCCUCUUUUUCCAGAAUCACUCCCCAAUUACUCUUCAUUAUCAUUAUCUUCAUCAUUUUCGGGUCGAACUGGGUUUUGCUUAUUUGCCCAAAAUAAGGAUAAAAAUCCAAACUUGGGUGCUACCCAAUUGGUAGAGAAUGAAGGAGAAAUUGAAGAUGAAGAUGGGUUUGAUUUUGAUGAGGAUGAUGUUUUUGAUGACGAGGAAGAAGAAGAGGAUGAAUUUGAUGAUGAAGAAUUUGACGAUGAUGAUGAAUUGAUGGUUACUUAUGAUAAGAUGAAUGAAUGGCUUGAGAAUAAACCAAGAGGGUUUGGUGAAGGGAAAGUGUAUGAUACUUCUGUUGAAGAUAAGUUACUUGAAGAAAUUGAGCAAAGUUUCAAAGCCCAGUUAUCUAAUAUCAACAAGCUUAAGAAUGAGGGCAACAAGCCUAAACCCAAGAAUGACCCCCCGGAGGUGUUGUUCAAUGCUGCUGAAGGUGUUCCUGGUGGGAUUCGUGUUCGUAUCAGCAACCUUCCUAAGAAAAGGAAUAUCCACAGAGAUCUAAAGUCUGCCUUUGAAGGAGUUUCUGGUAUUAUUAAGAUAUCACCGGUGAACUCUGGAAACAAAAAGACAAGGGAUCCUGUCUGCAAAGGCCUUGCCUAUGUGGAUUUCAAGUCUCUGGCGGAUGCAAACAGGUUCAUUCAGAUGUUCUCAGGCCAAAACAUUUCUUUUGGUAAGUCUGAGAAGCCUAUAAAGUGUGAAAUUUUAAAGCCGCUUGAUGGAAGUUAUGAAGGGUCAUCAGAUGAUGGAUACAACAGCACUUCUGAAGGAAACUUCCUUGUCUCGGAGGAGGAAGAAGAUGAAGAUGAUGAUGUUGAGCAAGUUGACACUUCGUUGCAAUUUAGGGAUGAUGAUGAUUAUGUGUAUGAAGAAUUAGUUAAAGGCAUCAAGGCCCUUGACAGCAAAAAUGUUUUAGGGGACUUGCUCCAAUUAAGUGCUAGUGAACGCUUAAAACAAGUAGAAAUGCUAGAAGCAAAAUUGCUGGCACGUGCUUCGUUAAAUGAAAAGUCACCUAAAAAGAAGUCAGAGGUUAAAAAGAAACCAGACAAGAAGCCAAACCAAAAGACAGAUAAGAAUCAUCCGAACCUAAAGCUAGAGAAGAAGCCAAAGCAACGUCUUCCAGGAUCUGCAAAGAAGUUAAAAGUCAAGGAGAAGGCUAAACUUGCAGACGUUUUUGCUAGAUAUGGAACGAGAGGUGUCUCAGCUUCAAAAGAAAAGUAAUCUGGAUUAUGUAAAUUGUAGAAUUCUGUCAAGUGUCAAUUUGUCAACAUUGGGUUAUCUUUGCAUAGGGGCAUUUCCUAUGUUUUACCUCUAUAUGGAAAUUUCUCCAUGCCUCGGGUCUUCCUAUAAUUUGCUAAAUAUGGAAUGAGAAGGCUAUACUUGCAGAUGUUUUUUCUUGGUACGGAAUUAGAGAAGCCUCGGUUUCAAAAGAAAGCAAUCCGAAUCAUGGAAAUUGUAGAAUGUUGUCAAAGGGCACUUGUCAAUGUUCGGUCAUCUUCAUAUACGCAUUUCCUAUGUUUUACCUCUGCGUGGAAAUUCAUCCACACUUCUGAUCCUCCUAUCCUCCAAAUACCCAAAAAAAAAAAAAAAAAGACAGAUAAAGCUGUUUUUAUUACUUUUAACAAGCAAACAGCGAGAAUACAAUGGUA